UUCCCUAAUCAAUUCAUCACCAAUCCAAAACCACGUCAUCUUUUAGGAACUUAUCUCUACAUCGCAGUUCGUUGGCUCUUUUUUCAUCCACCAUUCUUUAAUCACGACGGUCAAUUCUACCGACCCUGAUGAUCGGCCGGUGCCUUCAUCCCAUCUUCAGCCAGACACUUGUUCGGAAAACAUUGGCCCAGCGUCUUUUCUGCAUGUCUAGAAUCACAAAUCCGGCUUUAACGAAUUGCCGGAUUUCUUCAUCAUCGACGGCUGCGAAUGCUCCGACAAAUCAACAGCUAAAGCAAAAUAUAAUGGCUAUGGAUCUUGGAGAUGACGGGAUUUUCCGGCGGUACCUUCACCGUCAAUCGUUGGCCAUAUCGCCUGAGAUCCGGUCCUUGCCAACCGGGGAAAAGAUGCUUGAGAAACUCCGGGGGAUGGACAUUACCCGGGACAGGAUCAGGCUUGAAGGAUUGAUGCCGCCAGGAGGAGCGGCGGCGGAGGCGCCGAAUAAGAAGCUGACGGUUGAGGAUGUCAGAAGGAUUCUGAGAUUGUCCCAGCUUGAAUUGGUGAAGGAAAGGCUUAAGCAAAUUGAAAAGGAUUAUAUUUCUUAUUCAGAUUAUUUACAGAUUUGUGUUAAAUAUUGCUCGAGUGUUGAUCAAGGAAUGGUGUUCGCCAAAAUGCUUGAUGAAUCUGGCACUGUUAUUGUACUGGGUGAUUUCGUCCUCGUCCGUCCUGAACAGGUGAUGAAAGCCAUCAAAGACCUAAUACCAGUGCCUAUAUCCAAUUUAAGUGAUACGCGAAUUAACGAGCUCGAGGAAUUGGAGAAACAGAAGACCGUCAUCGACAAGAAAGCCGAGUUGAUGGUACGCCGUGAGCUUUGGGGUGGACUAGGUUAUCUAAUUAUCCAAACAGCAGCCUUUAUGAGGCUAACAUUCUGGGAACUUUCUUGGGACGUAAUGGAACCUAUUUGUUUCUAUGUAACGUCAAUGUACUUCAUGGCUGGCUACGGUUUCUUCUUGAGGACAUCCCGGGAGCCUUCUUUCGAAGGAUUCUUCCAAAGUCGGUUUAUUGCGAAGCAAAACCGUCUCAUGAAGCUUUACAAUUUCGAUAUUGUUAGAUAUAACGAGCUCAAAAAAGUUUGUUAUCCAAAUUCAUCGAGUGAAAGUGUUGUAUCUUUUAGUACUUCAUUUGGUGAUGUUCAAAGAACAUAGUUUUAAUUUUAGAGGAAAGAAAAGUGGUAGAGAUAUUACUUCUUUUUCACCCUUUUACUGAUUUCUACUGAUGUAUCUGCGGCUCUAGUUUUAAAGAUAUUUUGAAGAGUGUUAACAUGGUAACCA